AUGCCGCUGUGGGUCUGGAGCCUGCCGCUGGCGGCACUGGUGCUGCUGCUGCCCGCCGCCGCCGUCCCGUCACCUGCCUGCCCCGAACGUUGCGACCGGUCCCGGUGCCCGCCGGUGCCCGCUUCCUGCCCCGGCGGGGCCGUGCUGGACGCCUGCGGUUGCUGUCGAGUCUGUGGGGCAGAGGAGGGUGAGCCCUGCGGCGGCCCCGGCGGCAGCCCGCCCUGCGGUGAGGGGCUCCAGUGCGUGGUGCCGCCGGGCAGCGGCGUGGCCUCCUCCGCUACCGUUCGCAGGCGGGCGGGCGUCGGGCACUGCGUCUGCUCCAGUUCCGAGCCCGUCUGCGGCAGCGACGCCGUCACCUAUGCCAGCCCCUGCCAGCUACGGGCCGCCAGCCGCCGGGCAGAGCGACUCCAUCAGCCGCCGGUCAUCGCCAUCCAGCGCGGAGCCUGCGGGCAGGGCCAAGAAUAUCCUAACAGCCUGCGGCACAAGUACAACUUCAUUGCAGAUGUGGUGGAGAAGAUCGCUCCUGCCGUGGUCCAUAUUGAAUUGUUCCGCAAACUCCCCUACUCGAAGCGAGAGGUCCCUGUGGCCAGCGGCUCAGGGUUCAUCGUCUCAGAGGAUGGGCUGAUAGUCACCAAUGCCCACGUGGUCACCAACAAGAACAGGGUGAAGGUGGAGCUGAAGAAUGGAGAAACCUAUGAGGCUAAAAUUAAAGAUGUUGACGAAAAAGCUGACAUUGCACUCAUCAAAAUAGACACUCAGGGUAAGCUGCCAGUCCUUCUGCUGGGCCAGUCUGCAGACUUGAGGCCGGGGGAGUUCGUGGUGGCCAUUGGCAGUCCCUUUUCCCUGCAGAACACAGUGACCACAGGGAUCGUGAGCACCACUCAGCGAGGAGGGAAGGAGCUGGGGCUCCGCAACUCGGACAUGGACUACAUCCAGACCGAUGCCAUCAUCAACUAUGGAAACUCCGGAGGACCCCUGGUAAAUCUGGAUGGUGAAGUCAUUGGAAUUAAUACAUUAAAAGUUACAGCAGGGAUCUCCUUUGCCAUCCCAUCAGAUAAAAUAAAGAAGUUCCUCACGGAAUCCCAUGACAGGCAAGCUAAAGGCAAAGCUGUAACCAAAAAGAAAUACAUUGGCAUACGAAUGAUGUCCCUGACUCCUAGCAAAGCUAGAGAGCUGAAGGAUCGCCACAAAGACUUUCCUGACGUUGUCUCUGGGGCCUACGUUAUUGAAGUGAUUCCAGAGACGCCAGCUGAAGCCGGGGGCCUGAAGGACAACGAUGUGAUUAUAAGCAUCAAUGGGCAGUCGAUCAGCUCGGCCAGUGACGUCAGUGACAUCAUCAAAAAGGACAGUACCUUGAACAUGGUCGUACGCAGGGGCAACGAGGAUGUGAUGCUAACAGUAGUUCCCGAAGAGAUCAACCCCUAAAGCAGAAACAUGAGCUGGAUUUCAUGUUCUCUUUUAACAGCAUUGGACUGCUUCCACUCUCUCUGUGCUGGUACAGGAAACGUUAGACUUCUGACCGACACUCUGCUUCUUCAGUGGAUUAGUAUUGGCCAGCAGAGUAACUUCUAAUAGGUUUAAGGUGCAAAAUUCAGUUUAAUUUCACAUACUCCAGAUGAUAUUUUUUGUUGUUGUUGGUUGGUUUUUUUUUUCCUCUCUGUAUCAUGUAUGCAAUGUAUCCUUACUGGCUCUUGCAUCCCCUGCUUUACCCACCCGACGUUCCCUUCCCUGUGUUGAAUAGAGUUUGCCAUUGUUUCCUCUGAGAUGUAAACGGAACCCACGCACACAAUGUGUGCUGUGCUCUUCAGGUAUUUAUAGGUUAGCUGUGUUUUAACUGGAAAUACCAUUGUAAAGGAGUAGUUGGUUCAAAUGAAAACACAACUGGGGGAAAAAAAAAAACCCGUAACAAAACCCAACGAAGACAGAAGUUUGGUUUCUAGCCACAAAGCCAUCCCAGCCGCGAUAACCUUCGGAGGAUCCCGUGCAGGACUUUAAUACUAUGAUAUUUUCCUAGUGUUAUUAAAAGAAUUCAACAGUA